AUGGUCUUCCACCCAAUUGAAUUGAGGAUCCAAGCUCUAACUCUCGUGGCCUGGGGCAUCCCUGCGAAAGAGAUUGCGGCAUCCCUAGGAAUGCCCGAGCGGACUGUCCAAGAUAUCUAUAGACGUGCAAGGGCCAGAGGAUACGACCCCAGCAAGGAUCCAAGGAUCAAAAUGGAAUAUGUCGAAGAUGCUAAACGAUCUGGUCGGCCUAAGACGAUCACCGACGAAGUCGAAAACUCCGUGGUUCAAUCAAUUAUCCAGGAUCGAGCCGCCGGGAGCGAGAAAUCGUCUAGGAAAUUAGCUGAUGAAACUGGGAUAUCUCAUUCCUCUAUGUAUCGCAUAUUAAAGCGUCAUGGGUAUGUUAUUGCAAAGCCAACUUGGAAACCUGGACUUACUGACGCUGCGAAGGUCAAACGUCCCUUCUGCCGAGACCACAAUGCAGUAGUCCACUUCGAGUAUGUGAACACCCGAAAACGGAAGCGUGUCCACCAGCUGCCUAAUCCGGUACAGGAGUCUGCUAUCUUAGCCUCUGAUUGGCCAGAACCAACAACCAUUGCCCUUUCCGGACCGUCAUAUGCUAUUUUCGGACAUCACCAAACCAGGGACGCAAAACCCCAGGAUUCAACGCCGUGUGAAAGCUCUCAACUACAUGACGUUUCCGGAAAUGCUGAAUAA